GUGUGUACCUUUGAGUAUACACCUGUGAAUGGAAGGAGGAGGAGGAGGAGGAGGAGUGGCACAGGUAUACUGGAUAUUCUCGCUGGGUUUGAAGAGGGAGGGAAUGAAGGGGAGGAACUUUCGAAACGGCAUGGCAACACAAACCUUAUAAAGACAGAGGCACACCCAGCCGGCGGCCUCAGUUCAGCUCACUGAAGACCGCAGCAGCAGCAGCAGCACCUUGCAGUAGUCAUGCUCAGCCUCAUCAAAUUACCACGAGUCUUCACCAUCAAUCAAGUGCCCAAAGUUUUUCAUGAGGAUAGCAUCAUCUCGGGCUACCGCCACCCCCGCAGCUCAGCCACUGACUGCAUCCUGAGCCUCUUCCAGCUGACCAAUGAGACGCUAAAUAUCUGGACUCACUUUCUGCCAACCUGGUACUUCCUAUGGAAACUAGUGACGGUGGUGCUGAUGCAGACAGCAUGGCAGGACUCCUUCACCUGGCCUCUAGUGAUUUUCCUUCUCUCCUGCUGCAUUUAUCCGCUGGCGUCCAGCUGUGCUCACACCUUUAGCACCAUGUCAGCAAGGGCACGCCACAUCUGCUUCUUUUUUGACUACGCCGCCCUCAGUUUCUACAGCCUAGGGUCAGCAAUCACCUAUUCAGCUUAUGUUUUCCCGGACAAGUGGGGGAACAGCCUCUUCCACCAGUUCUACGUCCCCAUCGCUGUGUUCAACACGGUCAUCUGCACCGCCCUGGCCUGCUACUCCAGGCUUGGCUUACCAUUUCUGCAAUAUAAUCAUGACAUCGUAAAGAGAUUCCCUGAGUGCCAGAGUCCAAAGUUCAGCAAAGUUCUCCGUGUCGUUGCAUUUGCCUACCCCUACCUGUUCGACAACAUUCCUUUGUUCUACAGGGUGUUCCUAUGUGUAGGGGAGGGCUGUACAGACAAUGAUACCAACAUCCUCCACUACUACCACAUCGCAUUGGCUUUCCUCACAGGCUUUCUGUUUGCCACACAUUUACCUGAGCGACUGGCACCUGGCAGCUUUGACUACAUAGGUCACAGUCAUCAACUCUUCCAUGUGUGCGGCGUCCUCGGCACCCACUUCCAGAUGAAGGCCAUUGAGCAGGACAUGGUGACGCGACGCCCCUGGCUCCUCAAACACUCCAUACCCAUCACCUUCGCCAAUUCAGUGGGUGCAGCGCUGCUUUGCGUGGUGCUGAAUUUGAUUAUCAUCAUCGUCUUCAGUCUACCUCUCCUCUCUGCUCCAGUCUGCCAAGAGAAGAAACAUUGUAAACAUCCAAGGACAGCAUCAUCCAAGGCCUGCGCCCGCUGCUAAAAUCACAGCUUAGGGAUCCAAGCUGGUCAAAAGGAGCACAGACGAGUGUAAAAAAUGCAUUAUGGGUGAUAUAAAUUAUUUUGUGAGCUAAGAAGAGCUGAUAUAAUGUUUAAGUGGAUCCUAACUUGCAGUCUGCACUAAACUCAUAGUGAUAUUUGGCCUUCAGACAUCACUGUGAUGACUACUGUUAGAUGUGACGGUAAACUGAUAAUCAGGGCAUAGGUUGUACAAACAUACAAUGGAAAUUUAACAAAAUAUUUAUUACCAUAAUAUGUAAUGAAUCUAAAUGUUUCUUAGGAAACUUGUUCCUACAAAAGCUACAAAUGUAGCAGGUUAGCUACAUUGCAAAAAUAUUUAUAGAGAUUUUUUUUUUUGUUCUAAUUUCUCUGAUUUCCACACAUGUGGGGUAUGAAGAGUUUGUAGAGCUGCGGGGAAGUAAAACAAUGUAUUUAUAUUUAUAGUGCGAGUGCUUGUGAACAGCCUGUUGGAUUGUACUGUCGUGUUGAUGAAGAAUUAAAACCAGCGUGAUUAUACGCACGUAUAACAUGUCAAAACACAAGAGACAGUUAUGAUAAGGGAGGAAAAAUGUUUUGCUCUUGAGUUUGAGUAGCAGCUUAAUAAAAAUGUUAUUUUGAUAAUGUAAUAUAUUAUAAGAGUAAACAUUUUCUGAGUAAUUUAUUUCCCUCAGAUGAUCGCUGUUUUUGUCCCAGUCGGCCUGUAUGACACUGUCACAUGUGUC